AGAAAUUUUUGUAUAGCCAUUAAGCCGGCGUCACCCACUUUACUAAUAAAUACCCCCGGCAUCCAUGCAGGCAGGCGGCAGCGUAGUAAACUUCGUAAUUAGGCGUCCGCUAUCGCGCGGCGUAAUCAAUUUGUCCGCGUUGAUAAACCGAGCGUUUUUUUUUUUUCGUCAGACUGUACACUCGCCCGUCGGUAUUUUCAAGGGGUGGUUGUGUAGGCUUUUUUUUGUUAAAGAGUGUGGGGUGUGUUAGCGGUUUAAGGGUGAGCGAGAGCGAGCGGGACGGCAGGAUAGCGUGGCAAAGCGUAGCGGAGGAAGGGGCCUCAAACCGUGCCGUGCCGUCAGUCGGUUGUGAUACGCGUCGCUAUCGAGACGCGAGUCGUUUUACGUACGAUUCGUUUUUGUUGCUUCUGGAUUCCGAUUUGGACACUGAACACUCAGGAGAGAUUUUUAUUUUUUUUUUGGAUUAUGUGGUGGUUUUUGUGAGGUUUAGUGUGCUCAUUUGGUGUUUUGUGUUAUCUUUUCAAGUGCUCUUAAUUUGGAUUACCUACUUUACUUUUUUGUUCUUGUUGGAGUACCAGUACCAUAAAUAGACAAUUUUUUGAUUUUGGGAUAGAUAUGAUGAUUUGCUGACGUAAGAUGUAUCCUAGUGCCGGAAUGAACGCCGCGGCGGCAGCUGCAGUUGCGGCAGCUCGGCAUCCGGGUCCGCCGCAGCCUGGUCAGCCAUUCAAAUUUACAGUACAGGAAUCUUGCGAUCGGAUUAAGGAAGAAUUCAACUUUUUACAGGCUCAAUAUCACAGUCUCAAAUUGGAUUGCGAAAAACUAGCCAGCGAAAAAAUCGAAAUCCAACGGCAUUACGUGAUGUAUUACGAAAUGUCAUACGGAUUAAAUGUCGAAAUGCACAAACAGACUGAAAUAGCCAAGAGACUGAACGCCAUCAUUGCACAAAUUCUUCCUUUCCUAUCGCAAGAACAUCAGCAACAAGUUGCCACAGCAGUGGAGAGAGCGAAACAAGUAACCAUGACAGAAUUAAAUGCUAUUAUUGGGCAACAAAGACCAGACUUACCAAGACUAUUGCAGCAAAUGCACGCUCAGCUACCAGCGCACGCAGCGCCCCCAAUUCCCAUGAUGCCUCAUCCUAGUUUAGGUGGAGCUCCGCCUAGUUCAGCAGCAAGCAUUUUAGGACUUUCAGGGGCGAUACCUGCGCAACAUCCCCUCAACAUGUUAGCAUCCAAACCUGAUCUCCAUAGGCCGGACGACGUUAAAUCGAAUAGUGGAAUAAACUCAGCAGAAGAAAGACAUAGAAACUCGAUAUCGCCGGCAGAAAGGGAAAAGUAUAGACCGAGAACUCCUCAAGAACCUACAGAACUGAAAAAGCCUAAAAAAGAAGAAAAGGAUCUUGGACAUCAUAGCGAUGGAGAAAAAAGUGAUCAGGAUUUGGUUGUGGACGAUGCGUCAGAGGAUCCAAUUUCUCCUCCCAAUGGCACGGUAUCGCCUAGAGAAAACGGCAUCGAUAAGCUGCCGAAGAAGGAACAUCCUGGACCUCACAGUCCUAGAUCAGGAACAUCGAGUAACGCUUCGACGCCUUCAACGAAAAAAAUGGAAGAGAAACCUUCAACGCCUAUCUCGAAACCUGUUACACCUACUUCAGCGGCUGGAUCGUCGUCGGGUAGCGGCGGGAUGAAACCUGUUGUUAAACCACCUGCAAUGGGUCAAUAUCCACCCUAUUUAGGCAUGCCUAAUGGUGCUCCAUCCCAUGAACUCCAAGCAGCUGCAGCAGCUGGGGCAGGUUACGGUGCUCUACACAACAACCUUCCGCCAGCACUGAAUAAUUACCCCAGGCCACCAUUGCAAGUAGGCUACGACCCACAUUCACAAAUGAGAGCUCCUGUAGUACCUAGUCUUGGAGGAAUACCUGGUGGAAAACCGGCCUAUUCGUUUCAUGUAAGCGCUGACGGUCAAAUGCAACCAGUCCCUUUUCCACCGGACGCCCUGGUAGGUCCAGGGAUACCAAGACACGCUCGUCAAAUUAACACUCUCAGUCAUGGAGAAGUGGUUUGUGCUGUGACCAUCUCUAAUCCUACGAAAUAUGUCUACACAGGAGGCAAAGGCUGCGUUAAGGUUUGGGAUAUUAGUCAGCCUGGAUCUAAGAGUCCUGUAUCACAGCUGGAUUGCCUGCAACGAGAUAAUUAUAUUAGAUCGGUAAAAUUGCUGCCAGAUGGUAGAACGUUAAUAGUGGGCGGUGAGGCAAGCAAUCUUUCAAUUUGGGAUUUAGCAAGUCCUACGCCAAGGAUCAAAGCUGAAUUGACUUCUAGUGCGCCAGCUUGUUACGCUUUAGCUAUUAGCCCAGAUUCAAAGGUUUGCUUUAGUUGUUGUUCAGAUGGUAAUAUAGCUGUAUGGGACUUACACAACCAAACCUUGGUACGACAGUUCCAGGGACACACAGACGGUGCUUCUUGUAUAGACAUUUCGGCAGAUGGUACUAAAUUAUGGACCGGGGGUUUGGACAAUACCGUUCGGAGUUGGGAUCUGCGCGAAGGCAGGCAGCUGCAGCAACACGACUUCAGUUCACAAAUUUUCUCCUUGGGCUACUGUCCAACUGGCGAGUGGCUAGCAGUCGGAAUGGAAAAUUCGAACGUGGAAGUGUUGCACGCCAACAAACCGGACAAGUACCAGUUGCAUUUGCACGAGAGUUGCGUUCUGAGUUUGAGGUUUGCAGCAUGCGGGAAGUGGUUCGUUUCCACGGGCAAGGAUAAUUUGCUGAACGCAUGGAGGACACCUUACGGUGCUAGUAUAUUCCAGUCUAAAGAAUCUUCUAGUGUGCUCAGCUGUGACAUAUCGGCAGACGACAAAUACAUAGUUACAGGCUCCGGAGACAAGAAGGCGACAGUCUACGAAGUCAUUUAUUAAAAUGCAUAAACAAAAGACGACGGUACUAAGUACUAUAAGGUCAUAUACAUGUUACCAAAUUAUGGGAACCGUUCGAAAGUGUACGCUUAAUAAAAACAAAAGUUCGAUUGCAAUUUCAAGAUUUGUAUAUAGAAUUUAUUUAAAAAAAAAUAUAACGUUUCUAUCUGUGGCUAUAUUUCACUAAAUGUAUAAAAAUACUUCAUCAAUCGAACGCUUCUCGUAUUUGGACUGUAAAUUGUUGACUACUUCGAAUCCCUCGAAGCUUAAAAGUUGUUUUAAAAAAAAUUGUGAUAACUAUGUGUAAUAAAUAAUAAAAUAUUUGUAAAAGAAUAGAGACAUUCAUCUAAUAGAUGGCUGCUCUAUCACACUUUUAGAAGCAAAAUAAUAAUGUGAUAGAGCAGCUUUAAAAAAAAACUAGUGAUCUGAUCGUGAGAUGCUCUAGAAUCGUAGAAACAGUGAUCUCUCGUCAUUAAUUUAAUUAUACAUACCGUUUAUCAGUUAUGGAUGUUACAGUGGUGUGUCCAAAAAAUGUUUUUAUUUUUAUUUUUGCUAUUUUGUAGGUAGCUGAAUAGGUUUUUUUUAUUUGGUGCAUUUCAAUAUACAACUAUUGUAUAUACAAAGCAUUUUCUGGACACACCUACAAUAAGUGUAAUUAUUAUAUUUUUUUUUGUAAAUAAUAGGUAGCAAACUUUGUUGUUUUUUUUUUAUUAUUUAAAUGCUAUAUGGUGGCUUCCAGUAAGUAUACUUGCUAUAAGUUCCUGGAAGCCCCUACGAAAAAUGACACAUUAAUUUAAGACUAGUUAUGUAUAAAAAAUAUUAUUAUUAGAGUCGACGUUAAGAAUAAAUGUGUUUUAAUUUUUUGCUAUGUACAGGAGCGUUCCGAAAUGAUAUCUUUGUUAAAGGGGCUUUUUAUUAUUGAGGGAAACUGUUUAACAAAAAUGAUAUUUGGGAUGCUGCAUGUUGAAAAAAAAAUCCUAUUUUUCCUUUCGACCCCUAUUCUAUUACAUCUAUGAGAGGAUAUCAAAAUUUAAAAGAAAAACUUAAUUAGUGCUGUUAUCAUUGACAUUUUAAAAUUUGCUUUUAAUUAGUUGAAUACCAAAAUCCUCCUUACUUUUGACAGUCACAUGAUGUUCUUAUUUUUACAUUAAUCAUGAGCUAAAGUUAACAGUUUUCGGGCGAAACUCAGCAUGUGCCUGGCAAAAGUUUGAAUCUCUCGCCUCUCAUCGUGCUAAUUAAAUUGUUAAUUUGAACAGUUAUGUACAGUGUAUUUCACUUAAUAUUGGCACAAUAUACUUCUUGGUUAAUUUUUAA